ACAAUAAACUAUGAUUAAGAUUCAAUUGUUAUAUUUCUACUGCAACGUUUUAGCUGUUUUCUUUGUGUUGCUAAUUGAUACUUCAGUUUGGUUUGGUUUUCUGUAUUACUGUGUUAACAUUUUACUCUUCAUUUUUUUUAACGUAAAGAGCUUAAUACCUCAAUUUCCCUAUUCAUCAUAUAUAUUUGGUUAACUGGAAAUAUCUUAUCCUAAUCCUUGGAUAUUUUUCAGAGCCUGCCAUGUACAGCCAUUCUUUUAAGGGUGCACGAGAUUUUCCUUUGAGAGCACGCCAAUAAUACCCACUUUCUGGGACCCACAUUUCUGUUACAUUUCUCAUGUAGGCCACCCAUUUCUUACCAUUAAACUUCCCCGUGCCAGGGUUGAAUGUAUGUUUUGGUGUGAAUAUAUGAGUUUGAUUGAAUGUAUGCUUUCUUGUCGAACCAGUUCUCUGCAUUCGAUCUGCCAAACAAAGCGAUCAAAACAUCUUCCUUCUCAAAAUGCAUGCAUUCGACUUCUAUGCAACCUGCACACUAGGAGGCGUUAUAAGCUGCGGGCUCACACACACUGGUGUUACACCUCUUGAUAAUAUCAAGUGUAAUAUGCAGGCUAAUCCGUCCAGGUAUAAGAGUAUUAGCAGUGGAUUCAAUAAACUAUUAAAUAAGCAUGGUAUGGGAGCAUUGUUCAGGGGUUGGGUGCCUACAUUCUUGGGAUACAGUAGUCAGGGUGCCCUUAAGUUUGGAUUCUAUGAAUUCUUCAAGGAAUUUUAUUCCGACAUAGUUGGAACCCAAAAUGCAGAAAAGCACAAGACCUUAAUAUACCUGGCAGGAUCUGCAUCAGCAGAGUUUAUUGCAGGAAUAGCCUUAUGCCCAUUUGAGGCCAUCAAAGUUCGAAUGCAAACUAGUCCUGAUUUAGCAAAAGGCUCCUUACAAGCUUUUUACCAAAUCUUGGCGUCUGGUGGAUGUAGUGGGCUCUACAAGGGCCUUGUGCCUCUCUGGGGGCGCCAGAUCCCAUAUACAAUGGUAAAAUUUGCCUGUUUUGAGAAAACAGUGGAGAGUAUCUACAAGUAUGCAAUUCCAAUCCCCAAAGAGGAGUGUCCUAAAGCUGUACAAUUGGGUGUUAGCUUUGCAGCAGGAUAUAUUGCAGGAAUAUCAUGUGCUCUUGUUUCACAUCCUGCAGAUAAUCUGGUCUCUGUUCUCAAUAGUUGUAAGGCUACAACCGUGAGAGCUGCAAUUAAGAAGUUGGGUGUGGUUGCAUUGUUCACAAGAGGUUUGCCAUUAAGGAUUCUCAUGGUGGGUACCCUAACUGGAGCACAGUGGGCCAUCUAUGACUCUUUCAGGGUUUUUACUGGAUUGCCAACGUCUGGAACUAUGUUAAACAAAUGUGAUGAUUCAAACCUGAACCAAUCAUAUGAUGCCACGGAGUAUUCAUAGAUCCACAACAGGGUUGCCUUGUUCUCGUAUCCUCAUUAUAAUCUUUGUGAGUGGUGUACAGAUGCUCAGAGGCUUCCUCUACAGUUGUUUGAAUAUUGGGAUCCAAAACGAUUUUUUGGCCUUCCAACAAAAAUGGAAGAUCACAUUUACGUAAUUUAAAUUCAGGCAAAAGAAUAUACUAAUUCUUCUCAAAUGAUAGACCAUAACAUUGGUGGCUUCCCACAAUAUAACAGAUCCUUGUAGUGCCUUUGUUUUCAAUUCAAUUAUUAGGGAAGCUUUAUUUGUUCUCAAUCCCUUUCACAGUAUACUUACCAUGGUGCCAAUUAAAAUUUGUUUUAAGUUGUUAUAGGUCCUUGUAAAGGAGGAAAGUGGAUAUUUUUGUUUCAUAGAUAUAUCAUAGAUUCUUGAUGCUAUUUGGAGUUGGAUAUUUUUGUCUAAUGCACCACAAAUUUGUGAUGCUAUUCAGAGUUUGAAUUAUAGAGAAGUGGAUAUAUUUGUUUGACAUAUAUAUCACAAAUUCUUGAUGUUA